AUGAAGAAUAAGCAGGCGAAAAAAACAGAUAGCAGUGGUAACAUCCUUAACCGCAGCAAUGACGGCGAUUAUGAGGGGAAAGGGAAAAGAACUAAGGAUGGAGGUGGUUGCUUGGAGGGGAACAAACACCCAGGGCGCCACGAAGUAACGAGUGAAAGUUUGCGCAGAGACAAUUCAGACUCCUCAAAAGGGAGUGGGAGAGAUGAACUCAGGGACGGUAUAAGCAACGAUCUAGUCGAUCGCCUGAUAGAGGGGAUGCCCAUCGAGAAUGCUGAUGAUGGGAAUAGUUGCGAACGUGAAAACAGCUACGACCCAAAUGGAAAAUUUGACCUGGACAAAAGUCUCCACCGCGAGGACAGCCACCCAGAAGGAGUCAACUGGAGCGAUGACUUGAGCCUCCUGUGCAGAAGCUUCGACAGCGGAAGCAGCGAGCACUCCGAUGAUCCCCAGGACGACAGCAUCGCAGAAUUUAUAAUAAAAAAAAAAAUUUAUGAAAGGAACAUUGCCAUGAUUGAGAAACAAAUACAGACGAAUAAGCUAAACAAGCUAACGCGGGCGCGGGAGGGUCUUCAGGGGAUGAUCAUGCUAAUAAAGAAUAGGAAAUUAAGCUUGAGGUGA